CGUAGUUAUCGAGCUCGAUCAAAGUUAUCGCAUUCUCUAUUUACCCUUAACAAAAAAAUCACUUAAAUUUCAUUCGCGAUAAUUAUAUAUUUUGUGAAAGAAAUAACAACAAGAACAACAAAAUGCCCGAAACUGAACAAUUGCCCGAUGGAUGGGAGAAGCGCACCAGCCGCUCAACUGGUAUGAGUUAUUAUCUUAACGUGCACACAAAAGAGUCGCAGUGGGAUCAACCCACAGAACCGGCCAAGAAAUCCGGCUCUGCCAACACCAGCGGCGAUAAUCCCGAUGAAGUACAAUGCCUCCAUUUGCUGGUCAAACACAAGGGAAGCCGUCGUCCCAGCUCGUGGCGUGAGGAGAAUAUCACACGCACCAAAGAGGAGGCGCAAAUGCUGCUCGAGGUCUAUCGCAACAAGAUCGUUAACAAUGAGGCCACAUUCGAGGAGCUAGCACGCUCCUACUCCGAUUGCAGUUCUGCCAAGCGUGGAGGCGAUUUGGGCAAAUUUGGUCGCGGUCAAAUGCAGGCACCCUUCGAGAAGGCAGCGUUCGCCUUGAAUGUGGGUCAAAUGUCCGGCAUUGUGGACACCGAUUCCGGCGUACACAUCAUAUUACGCAAAUCGUAAACUCACAUUAGAAAAUAAUAAAUAAACAAAAAAGAUAAAAAUGUACAAACAAAU